AUGACCCAGCACCCCUGGGUUGCACAUGUGGAAUUCAUCGAAGAGGCGUUUCGUAGACAAAUUCACAAGACACCUCGACGACGGCCCACCAACAACCAGCAACCCGCUCGCUACCAGUCUUUCGACGUGAUUCCAAUUUGCCACACAGUGGUGUUUGGCGUUGUGCAGUGUGCGCCUGCCUAUCUUUCGAUCGUCUUCAUCGACCUUCUCUCCACUCGGUCUGACAUGCACGAACAACUCGCUUUGCACCUUAUCUCACUUCGUUUGCAGCCAACUCUACACCUCUGUGCUGCAGAUGUGGAAUUCAGUGAACACGAAAGAGAAAUUGCCGCACACGAAACCUGGCAUCGUCCUGGCAUUUGCGUCCUUUGUACGAUCUGCCUGAAGCUGUUUAUCAACUUCCUGGCAGACGAGGGCCCACCAACAACUAGCAAUCAGCUCGUUACCACUCUAUGGACGCAUUCACCCAUUGUUUGGCGUUGUGUGGCAAAGGCUUCGGAUGACGAAUGGCUUCCAAUGGAUGAUCUUGACACUUUUCCGGGCACGUCUAUCCUUUACGCCGGGUGUCAGCAGGUGCAGUCACCUCUGUGUGGAGAUGUGGAAUUCAUUGACCUGGGUAGAGAAAUUGCGCACAAGAAACCUGGCAUCGGCUUGCAAUCAGCUCGUUACCACUCUAUGGACCCAUUCAUGUUUGGCGUUGUGUGGCAAAGGCUUCGGAUGACGAAUGCUUUCAAUGCAACGCUUGAUGCUCUUGACACUUUUCCGGGCACGUCUAUCCUUUACGCCGGGUGUCAGCAGGUGCAGUGUGCGCCUGCCUAUCUUUCGAUCGUCUUCAUCGACCUUCUCUCCGCCCGAUCUCACAUGCACGAACAACUCGCUUUGCACCCACCUCACCUCACUUUGUUUGCAGCCAACUGUAGCGUGAAAUCGCGCAACGAGUUUUCUCACAAACUAUGA